GCAAAGAGACGGGGAUGAAGAGAGAAACGGAGGAGGAGGCAGAGGAGGAGGAAGAGGAGGAGGAGGACAGAAAGAGAGGAACUCCCUCCUAGCAGUGCCAAGUUUGAGGCCGGCCUCUUCUCUCCUGCCAUCUCACGUUUUCCUAUAUGGGCACUCACAAAUUAACUCUCAGUCAGUGCAGUGAUAGUGUGAGUGGUGGUGGAGCCCCGAGAGUCAAAGAAGUGACGGAAAAAAAGGGAUUUUGCCUGGGAAAUUCACCAACAACCUUGAACAAUACUUCAAACCUCAGAUCAUCAGCCUACAAGCCUACCAUGUCAACUCCCAUUCAGAAAGGCACUCCUCGAGGUGCAAGCUCACCACUCUCCCCCAACCGCAUCACCCGGCUUCAGGAGAAGGAAGACCUCUGCAAUCUCAAUGAUCGCCUGGCCGUCUACAUUGACAAGGUUCGAUCGCUGGAGGCCGAGAAUGCUGGCCUGCGUUUGCGAAUCACCGAGUCAGAGACAGAGAUCAGCCGUGAGCUGACCGGUUUGAAGGUGGCCUAUGAGACUGAGCUGGCUGAUGCCCGUCAGACUCUUGACUCUGUGGCCAAGGAGCGGGCACGUCUGCAGCUGGAGCUGGGAAAGCUGAAAGAGGACUAUAAGGAACUCAAAGCCAGGAACACAAAGAAGGAGUCUGAUUUAGCAGCAGCUUUGCUGAGGCUCAAAGACCUGGAGGCCUUGCUGAACUCCAAAGACGCAUCCUUGACAACAGCCUUGGGAGAGAAGCGUAACCUCGAGGUGGAAGGGAGAGACCUGAAGGGCCAGGUUAUCAAGCUGGAGACCAGUUUGGGCGAUGCCAGGAAGCAGCUACAGGAUGAGAUGUUGAGGAGGGUAGAUGGAGAGAAUCGCAUCCAGACCCUCAAAGAGGAGCUGGAGUUCCAGAAGAGCCUCUUCUCUGAGGAACUGAGAGAGACAAAGCGGCGUCAUGAAUCUCGUGUGGUUGAGUUGGAUAAUGGCCACCAGCAAGACUUUGAAAGCAAGCUCUCUGAAGCCCUGAUGGAGAUACGCUCCCAGCAUGAACUGCAGGUUAAAAUGUACAAGGACGAGCUUGAGAAGACCUACAAUUCCAAGUUGGAGAAUGCUCGUCAGUCGGCCGACAGGAACAGUAACUUGGUGGGGGCCGCCCAUGAGGAGCUCCAGCAGACACGCACCCGCCUGGAGUCCAUGUCCACCCAGCUCAGCCAGCUGCAGAAACAGUUGGCAGCCCGUGAGGCAAAGGUGAGGGACCUAGAGGAGGCGUUAUCUCGAGAGCGGGACACCUCGCGCCGCCUGCUUGGAGAUAAGGACAGGGAGAUGGCUGAGAUGAGGCAGCGGAUGCAACAGCAGCUGGAUGAAUACCAGGAGCUUCUGGAUGUCAAGUUGGCACUUGACAUGGAGAUAUGUGCCUACAGGAAGCUGUUGGAGGGAGAGGAGCAGAGGCUGCGUCUGUCCCCCAGCCCUCCACCGACCAGAGUGUCAGGAAGUCGUUCCUCUGGUUCUGAUGGACACUCCCGCACCGUCCACUGCACCAUUCAGAGUUCCCCCGCCAAGCGCCGCCGCCCCAAUGACAAUGACAGCGAGGUGUCCAGCUUUACAGGGGGCACUGUCGCCCGGACACGCAUCACCCAGCAGGCCUCAGCCAGUGGACGGGUGACCGUGGACGAGGUGGACCAGGAUGGGAAAUAUGUCAGGCUCAGCAACAAAGCUGAUGAGGACCAGAAUUUGGGGAACUGGCAGGUGAAGCGACAAGUGGGAUCUGGCACACCCAUUUCCUUCAAGUUUCCCUCUAAAUUCACCUUAAAAGCAGGCCAGAGAGUCACGAUCUGGGCCUCAGGUGCUGGUGGAAGCCACAAUCCUCCCUCUGACCUGAUAUGGAAGAACCAGGCCUCCUGGGGCACUGGAGACCUCUUCCAUACCACUCUGAUCAGCGCCAAUGGAGAGGAAAUGGCAAUGAGGAAGGUCACUCGCACACAGCUGGAAGAGGACGACGAUGACAUGGUGGCCCACAGCACAUGUGGGGACAGUGAGUACAAUCUGCGGAGCCGGACGGUGGUGUGCGGCUCCUGUGGGCUGCCCUCAGACAAGUCCAGCAACUGCUCCGUGUCUUCAGCUUCCCGAUCCUUCCGCAGUGGCGGACUUGCCGAGGGGCUUCUCCCACACUCCUAUGUCAUCAGCACCAGCACACCUCACAAGAGUGGUGCUAGGAUGGAGACCUGUCCAAUCAUGUGAAGCAGCGGAUCUACGUUGGGGCAUCCAAACUCAAAUAUAGUUUAAUGAUAUUCAUAUACUUUUGAUAACAAUCAAGAUGAUGUAUACAAUGCAAACUUAUACUGUUUUGAUGAUGAAUUAUGAAUGCAUACCUAUGAAACAUUUAUUUACUAUGAAUUGUGUAUGGAGAGAACUCCACUGAUUUUGAUUUCAUUGUUUGUUUUAUUGAGAAUGGGGAAAUUACUGCGAGCCACGCUCUAGUGUAACACCAUGGUUGGUAAGCUCCCUUAGAUAUACCAGCCUCUUUCACAAGUCCCAACAAUGUUUAGACAUUUUUUUUAUAUUCAGAUGGCAAAAUUUAAAAAAAAAAAACAAACUCAAAAACCUUUUUGGCUUGGAAAAUUAUGAAAGUGGUUCAAAUCCCAAAUCCAUAACCUGCAUGGACUGAGGACAACAAGUUAGUUUCCUGUAUUGCUUGUAUUGGAGUUCCAUGAUUAAUUUCAUUAUCUCCCAUUUAAAAUCCUCUCAGUAGCAUUUACCUUAUUCUUUCUGUAUCACUUCAUUAGCGUUCACAGAACAGUUGGUUCAGAUUCACUUAAAAUUCACUCAAUUUUUAAGUAUUGUGAACGCCAUACCACAUAAAUCUCGAGCCCUCGUUCGCAAUAAAUUCUUUAUCGGUGUAGUUUAGUGACUUUUGUUUACUGGAAAUUGUUUUCUGAUUUUGAAUUUAGAAAAAAAACUCUUUUUUACUUAAUAAAGUGCUUUGAAACCAGUCUUGUUACUCCUGAAAUGUGUAUCUGACUGACGUCAAUAAACUUGG